AAAAAAAGAAAUUGAAAAGUGGAAAUAAUUAUAUAGUCCAAUAGCACAAAUUAGGAAUAAACAUGAGAUUGUCUUUGUUGGAAGAAGCACUGUGCAAGGUAGAUUCAAGUGAUCCAGCCAUAAUCUCCGCAGUUAUCAAUGAGUACUCAAAGCAACCUUAUAUGAAAGAGAAAAGUGCAUAUCACAGAUUGAAGGUCAUUGAUAGGUGCUUUAAUCGAAGAGCAGUGGAAGAAAUUAUAUCUGCCCUUGAGAGAGAGGCCUUGAAUAAGAAGGAUGAUUGGGUCUCUGAAACAAUCCAGUCACUGAAGAGAGCAUCACCAACAAGCCUUAAAAUUUCUCUGAGAUCGAUUAGACAAGGACGGCUCCAAGGUGUUGGUCAAUGUCUUGUUCGUGAGUAUAGAAUUGCUUCUCAUGUAAUGCAAGGAAAACUCAGCAGGGAUUUCUUUGAGGGCUUCAGAGCUAUACUAUUGGAUAAGGAUAAGAACCCAAAGUGGGAGCCCUCUAAAUUGGAGCUUGUUAGUGACGAUAUGGUUGACUCAUACUUCUCUAUGAUGGAUGAUGAAGGCUGGGAAGAUCUAAAGCUCCCUGCGAGAUCUAAUUUGCCUGCAUAUGCCAUUGCAAAGCUUUAAUG